AUGACGGCUGCAGAGGCGCUUGCGUCCGCGACAUCGUAUGUUGAAAAGCCGGAGGCUUAUGGUCUUAUUGAGGGAGGGUCUACAGAGGGCGCGUCAGCAGCAGCAGCAGAAGACACGCACUAUACAGCAGCAGAAGAAGCUGCAGCAGCGGAAGACGUAGGUACAGCAGAAGAAGAAGCAGCAGCAGCAGCAGCAGGAGCACCAGAAGCUGCGGUAGCAGCAGAUGUUGCUGCUGUUCCUGCUGGAGACGGAGCUGAUAGGGACGAUAACUAUCAGAGGCCCCCCUUCAUGGUGAAGCCAAAGGGCUUGACUGGAUUUGAAAGGGGCCCCCCAUAUGAGGAGGACCUGUGGGGGGUUCCUCUCGCUACAGCACAACUACAAAGCUGCAGGCUGCUGCUAUGGUAUGCAUGA